AUGUCGCAACAACAACACCCACCGUUCACUUGUUGGGUAGAGUUUUGUAACAAGAAAGACGAACUCACCUUCGAGAACACCGCCAACUAUAAUCGUCUCAUCCCUGUCAUCAGAGGUUCCAAACAACUCGCUGUAGGUGACGGUUCUAUCGAUUUGUUCUCUGAUGCAGCCAAGACCAUUCAACUUGAUGUUGAGACUCCAGUCGAUAGGAAUCUUCAGCGAAUCUAUGUCGCCACCACUCAACCACAGCAAGCUCCUCAAACACCAACACAAGAAGUUGCUUCAGAGCUCGAGUUUUGGAGGACGUUGCACAGUGCUUCGAUUGAUCCCGCAGUCAAUAUCCUUUCCCUCCCAGUGGGCGUGCACUUCAUGGGGCAUAAUGUCAACAGAUCAUCUAUCUACGUGAGAGAUUGCUAUGUUGAGCUGAAAGAUCAAAUCUAUGCAGAAUUUGAUCAAUAUGAAGUUAAUUCAACUUCAACUUCAACCCCAACCACAGCCUCUAAGAAUGCAUUCGUUAUCACUAGCAAUCCAGGAACUGGUAAGUCCUGUUUCCUCUUCUACAUUAUGUAUCUCAUCGCACGGGUCAAGGGAACUAUGGUUGUUCACUCGAUUCACGCCCAGAUUGCCGAUUCAUACUAUCUCUACACUUACGUUGGUGGCAUUCCAGUUGUCAGACUUGGACCCAUGAGUGAUUUUAUCACUCUCCUUUGUCUCAGAUCAACUUUCUUUUUGGUAGACAGCAAAGAGGAGACAAAUUUCGCAGCUAAAACGAUCAUUGUUUCAUCACCUGAUCCGAUGAUCUACAAAGAGUUUCUGAAGAACGUUGGCACGACCCGCAGGUAUAUGCCACCUUGGUUCAAAUCCGAACUUGAUCACGUAAGACCAAUUUUAUACCCAAAUGUCACACAGAAUGCCCUUGAUGCGUCUUCCCAAUGUCAAAUAGAGAAUGCGAUAUCAACAAUCAAUCUAAACUUAUGCGUCGAGAGCAUUGGCAAGGAGGUUCCGAUUGCACCAGGCAGUCACAAAGUGAUUCAAAUUAUCCCAUACGAGCAGGCUGCUCUUCCAAAGUACGCCUCGAUGAAGCUACAGUUCUCAUCCAAGUACGUUGCUGAGCGAGUUGUCAAGGCUGUCGAGGCGGUCGACAUCAACUCGGUCGUCAAGCAACUUCAUGUGCACAAGUUUUUGCACUCACCUCUGGGUGGAUCAUUCUUCGAGUCUUUUGCUCACAGACUAUUGCAACAAGGAGGAGUCUUUGAUAGAAGAAACCUAACCACCACUGCAACAGACAAGAUCACAUUCACGCCAACAGUUUCUUCCACACUCUGCUCUAUCGCAGAUAUUGGCUUAUCACCACCAAACAAGUAUCUACUCCCUAACUUUGACAACUUUCCUGCGAUCGAUAAAGAAGAAGAAAGCUUCCAAGAUAUCCAAGCAAGUGAAGAAAGUCACCCAGUAUGCGUUGUUGAUUGA